GUAUUGAGGAGUGGCAUGUGGAGCCUGUGGCCCAGGAACGCCCUAGGGUGCGUUGAAUUUCGUGGUCCCUGGGACCUCCUCCUAAGUCGAGUUGGGCGGACCCGGAACACAGUAUUGGUAUAUCAUUGAAGUCGCUCUUCAGGUAGUACAGCCGACUAAUUGGGCUGAGAUCGGAGAAUACUCACACAAACAAACAGAACUUACGGCCCAGUAUGUGGCAACCUAUGGGCGCUGGUGGAGCCGGAAAUGGAGGCCACGGGCCCAGUGGCCUACCUAAUCCGGACAUGGGUGGAGCCUGGCCCGCUCACCCGGCCGCCCAAGUCCCAGCCACAGCCGAAGCAGAUUGGAACGCGUGGAAUGGGGCGGCCUAUUAUCAGGCCCUACCCGCCCAUACCGUGGACUGGGCCUCUUUAGCUCAACGAUGGAUCGCUCUAAAAACUAAUGAGCCGGGUGCGCCGCCUCCGCCGGUUUUCCGGCCCGAAGUCCCUCCGCCCACAGCUCAACCCAUCUCUGUACCCACCCCUUCACCCAUGCCUCCCUUGCCGGCGGCCCCACCCCCUCCAGUAUUGUCGCAAGUGACCCCGCAUCUGAUCAGUGGUGGGGAGGCCAACAUGGAUCUCGAGGAGGCGGACGAACACGCCUAUCCGCCCGUGUUUUCGACGCAUGUGCCCGCCACUCCUUCGCGCACACCUGCGGUCAAAGAAUACCGAUCUGAAUCCAACCAUCGCCCACACCAUCAUGAACGGCGGUCAUCCUCGUCAUCCUCUUACAACCAUCAUCAUCAACCCCAUCUUCAACCACACCAUCACCAUCAACACCAGCACCAGCACCACCACCACCAGCCACACAAUCAUCACCAUCAACAACAACCGCAGAGUUCGCCAGGGGUGUGGCCAGAUGGAGCGAACUUGGAUGCAGCUGCGAGGAAAAAACUGCCCCCUUGGAUUCGAGAGGGUCUCGAAAAGAUGGAACGGGAAAAGCAAAAAAAGGAACAAACCGAACACCGGAUCAAGCAAAGAGCCGAACGAUUGAAGAAGCAGCGAGAACAGGCGGAACAAGAGUUAGCCCGAGACCCUACCAAGAGCAAAUUUGACGUCAUGAAUAGCGAGAGUGACGAUGACGAUGAUAGUAACGAAAAUGAGGACGAGAAGCUACUUGAAGCUCAAUUGCAAAAGGUGUCAGGUGCCAGUGGGAAAUUGAAAAAGUCCAGAUUCGGUCCCAAAGAAGACAUUGUGGCUCCCCGUGAAAGCGAAGAGGAGGUCCAGAAGUUGAGGCUAAAAGAAGAGAGGGAGAAGCAAGAACACGAAGACCACGCAGACCACGAGAAGGAAGAGGACGACGAAAUGCGCCAAAGACGACGCGAGAGACGAACACCCUCACCUCAAAUGUCGAAAGAGAGGAGCAAAGAGGAGAUCUUGGAAGAGAUGACUCUACUUCUCAAGCGGACGUUGACCGAGGUCCUAUUGGAUGUGACCGCUUCGGAAAUGCGGAUGGUGGCCAAAGAGGUGUUGGACAAAGAGACAAAUCUUCGAGCUAAGGAGAGGAAACCGUCGAAAAGCCUGAGCACACUUCUGGCGGGUUACGGAAGUGGAUCCUCAUCAGAUGCCUCUUCAAAUGAAGAUGCCAAACACGAUUCAGAUUCUGAUCUGGAAGAACGCAUUAAACGUCGAAAACGGAACUUUGAGAGGAAGGCCCGUGAAAUACAAAUGGAAUGUGAAGACCGAGAGCGCCAAUAUAAAGAGCGAGAGAAACGUUGGAUUGAGGGCAAUUCGGUGCCCGAAAAGCCCAAGUCCUCUUCGCCGUCACCAUCGCCCCCUCCGCCAAUAACCCCGAUCGUGCCUCAGAAUCCGCCUCCGCCUCGAAAUGGAAACUCGCUGUCGAAUCGAUCGCACAGCCACCGGGAUCGAGAUCGAAGGUCAAGGAGUAGCGAGAGGUCAGUCCGAAAGCGAUCCCCAAUGUCACCGAGCUUGUCAACGACAAGUAGCAGGAGUUCAAAGAAGAAGAAAAGAAAGCGAUCCAUAUCUCGGUCCCGAUCACGGUCACCAUCCCGAUCUCGGUCUCGGGAAAGGCGGUCGAGUCGUCAUUCACCUCCCGAAGAACGCCAUCAUCGACACCGUGAUCGAAAUGAACCGAGGUCAAGAAGGCGAUCGUCACGAGAUCGCUCCAGAGACCGCACGAAACGGUCUUCUCGGUCUCAUUCAAAAGAGCGAAGACGACGAGAUCGCUCAGGAAAGAGCAAAAAAAGCAAGUCUUCUCGGAGACGUUCGAGGUCGUCUUCGUGAAUCUUUAAUCCCA